CAGCUCAGUUCAGUUUUCAUCACACGCGUAGACAAGUUGGUAGUCGGAAUUUAACCAGCAGCUGGAAAACUAUAGUCAGAAUGUCCCUAAGCGUGGAAACAGUGCAAACAACACCCUUUGAGGGUCAGAAACCAGGCACCAGCGGAUUACGCAAAAAAGUAAAAGUGUUUACUCAACCAAACUACACGGAGAACUUUGUGCAAUGCAUUUUGGAUGCCAACGGUGCUGCUCUGACAGGCUCCACACUCAUUGUGGGCGGCGAUGGACGUUAUUACUGCAAGGAGGCCGCUGAACUCAUCGUGCGCAUCUCAGCGGGAAAUGGCGUUGCCAAACUGCUGGUCGGACAAAAUGGAAUCCUCUCGACGCCCGCCGUCUCCAGUCUUAUACGUCACAACAAGGCUUUGGGUGGCAUUGUGUUGACCGCUUCUCAUAAUCCUGGUGGCCCAGAGAAUGAUUUUGGCAUCAAAUUCAACUGUGAAAAUGGCGGCCCAGCUCCGGAUGCUUUUACCAACAACAUUUACAAGUUGUCAACUGGGAUUAAGGACUACAAAUUGGUGCGUGGACUACAGAUUGACAUCUCCAAGGUGGGCGUGAGCACUUAUGAUGUGGCCGGCAAACCAUUUGUGGUUGAGGUCAUUGAUUCGGUGGCCAACUAUGUGAGUCUCAUGGAGGAGAUCUUUGACUUUGCCAAGCUGCGUGACUUUGUCAGCGGCAAGUCCAAUGGGAAGCCACUGAAGAUGUGCAUUGACUCCAUGAAUGGCGUCACUGGCGCCUAUGUGCGUGAGAUCUUCCUAAAUCGUCUGGGUGCUUCGGAAGCUUCGGUGGUGCACACCACUCCAUUGCCCGACUUUGGUGGACUGCAUCCCGAUCCGAAUCUGACAUAUGCCAAGGAUCUGGUCGAUACGGUGGCCAAGGGGGAUUACGAUAUUGGUGCUGCUUUUGAUGGUGACGGUGAUCGCAACAUGAUCAUUGGCAGCAAGGCCUUCUUUGUAACUCCCAGCGAUUCCUUGGCUGUCAUCGCACACUACUUGGAGGCGAUACCCUACUUCCAGAAGAAUGGCGUACAGGGCUUUGCACGCAGCAUGCCCACCGCCUCCGCCGUUGAUUUGGUGGGCAAGAAACUGGGCAAGGAGGUCUUUGAGGUGCCUACGGGCUGGAAGUACUUUGGCAAUCUCAUGGACGCCGGUCGUUUGUGUCUGUGUGGCGAGGAGAGCUUCGGAACCGGUUCCAAUCACAUUCGUGAAAAGGACGGCAUCUGGGCAGUGCUGGCCUGGAUUUCCGUCAUGCAGCACACGGGCAAGAGCAUCGAGGAUAUACUGAAGCAGCAUUGGUCCAACUACGGACGCAACUACUUCACCCGCUACGACUAUGAGGAGUGCGAUCUCGAGCCCUGCAACGAGAUGAUGGCCACCAUGGAGAAGAACAUCACCGCAGCCGAGUUUAUUGGCAAGAGUUUCUCCAGUGGAGGCAAGGACUACAAGGUCAAGCAGGCGGACAACUUUAGCUAUACUGAUCCCGUGGACAAGUCUCUGGCCACCAAGCAAGGAUUGCGCAUUGUCUUCGUCGAUGGCAGCCGCAUUGUGAUGCGUCUCAGCGGCACAGGAAGCUCCGGUGCCACCGUGCGCUUGUACAUCGACUCCUAUGAGAGGGAAAAUGUGCUGGGCCAGGCCAGUGUCAUGUUGAAGCCACUCAUCGACAUUGCUCUAGAAAUCUCACAGCUGCCCAAGUUCACCGGACGCAGUGCACCCACAGUCAUCACAUAAAUGGAGUUUGUUGAGGGAUAAGCUUGAUCAACUGCCAAUUAGGUAUCGCAUCCGAUAUUGUUGUUGGUUUUCGAAUCUAUCCACUUGGCACCUCAGAAGUUCUAUUUCAGCUUAAACCAAAGUGUGGCAACAAUUCAAGCAAUAAAAUAAGUCCGAGAAUCCUCACACAAUCUGAUAUUUAAUUUAUAUUCCUUAAAUAUAUAUGCAUGUACCAAUUCUAUUGUACACAAA